AUGACGACCAGGAACCUCAACCAGACCUGGCGCGAUGUCGUCUUCAACCAGUACGCAGCCGACUACGCCGCCGACGUCCCGUUCCCCGUCCGCUACCUGAUUCACGCCGAUCAGUGGAAUAGGGACAUAUUCAUUGAGAUUCCUACCAAGAUCGACGCCCCUACAUUCCGCCGCGCAAUUCUCGAUUUCUGCGUCGCAAGACGCAACCAAGCGCCUGUGUACGGAGACGACCGCAUAAAAGUCCGCCCUCGUGCCUCUCCCUAUCAUCAGAGCGAGGCGUCCUCCCAAAAUAACCAUGAUGAUGCUGCCCUUCAAGAGGACAAUGAGCCUGACCCGUCUUUGCAUGGGGAUGGCGCUGCUGGGCUCAGCGGUUGA